GUGUAUAGUGUAGUAGUGUAUAGUGUAGUGUAACUCCCACAUCUCUCUCCCCCUACCCAGCCCUGAACCUCACGAGUGCCUCCAGCUUUCAGAUGCUGCGAGGUGCCGUGGUGGUGUUUACCCUGUAGAGUAGUGUAGUAGUGUAUAGUGUAGUGUAGUAGUGUAUAGUGUAGUGUAUAGUGUAGUAUAACUCCCACAUCUCUCUCCCCCUACCCAGCCCUGAACCUCACGAGUGCCUCCAGCUUUCAGAUGCUGCGAGGUGCCGUGGUGGUGUUUACCCUGUAGAGUAGUGUAGUAGUGUAUAGUGUAGUGUAGUAGUGUAUAGUGUAGUAGUGUAUAGUGUAGUGUAGUAGUGUAUAGUGUAGUGUAACUCCCACAUCUCUCUCCCCUACCCAGCCCUGAACCUCACGAGUGCCUCCAGCUUCCAGAUGCUGCGAGGUGCCGUGGUGGUGUUUACCCUGUAGAGUAGUGUAGUAGUGUAUAGUGUAGUGUAGUAGUGUAUAGUGUAGUAUAACUCCCACAUCUCUCUCCCCCUACCCAGCCCUGAACCUCACGAGUGCCUCGAGCUUCCAGAUGCUGCGAGGUGCCGUGGUGGUGUUUACCCUGUAGAGUAGUGUAGUAGUGUAUAGUGUAGUGUAGUAGUGUAUAGUGUAGUAGUGUAUAGUGUAGUGUAACUCCCACAUCUCUCUCCCCCUACCCAGCCCUGAACCUCACGAGUGCCUCGAGCUUCCAGAUGCUGCGAGGUGCCGUGGUGGUGUUUACCCUGUAGAGUAGUGUAGUAGUGUAUAGUGUAGUGUAGUAGUGUAUAGUGUAGUAGUGUAUAGUGUAGUGUAACUCCCACAUCUCUCUCCCCCUACCCAGCCCUGAACCUCACGAGUGCCUCCAGCUUCCAGAUGCUGCGAGGUGCCGUGGUGGUGUUUACCCUGUAGAGUAGUGUAGUAGUGUAUAGUGUAGUGUAGUAGUGUAUAGUGUAGUAGUGUAUAGUGUAGUAGUGUAUAGUGUAGUGUAACUCCCACAUCUCUCUCCCCCUACCCAGCCCUGAACCUCACGAGUGCCUCGAGCUUCCAGAUGCUGCGAGGUGCCGUGGUGGUGUUUACCCUGUAGAGUAGUGUAGUAGUGUAUAGUGUAGUGUAGUAGUGUAUAGUGUAGUAGUGUAUAGUGUAGUGUAACUCCCACAUCUCUCUCCCCCUACCCAGCCCUGAACCUCACGAGUGCCUCGAGCUUCCAGAUGCUGCGAGGUGCCGUGGUGGUGUUUACCCUGUAGAGUAGUGUAGUAGUGUAUAGUGUAGUGUAGUAGUGUAUAGUGUAGUAGUGUAUAGUGUAGUGUAACUCCCACAUCUCUCUCCCCCUACCCAGCCCUGAACCUCACGAGUGCCUCCAGCUUCCAGAUGCUGCGAGGUGCCGUGGUGGUGUUUACCCUGUAGAGUAGUGUAUAGUGUAGUAGUGUAUAGUGUAGUGUAGUAGUGUAUAGUGUAGUGUAUAGUGUAGUAUAACUCCCACAUCUCUCUCCCCCUACCCAGCCCUGAACCUCACGAGUGCCUCCAGCUUUCAGAUGCUGCGAGGUGCCGUGGUGGUGUUUACCCUGUAGAGUAGUGUAUAGUGUAGUAGUGUAUAGUGUAGUGUAACUCCCACAUCUCUCUCCCCCACCCAGCCCUGAACCUCACGAGUGCCUCCAGCUUCCAGAUGCUGCGAGGUGCCGUGGUGGUGUUUACCCUGUAGAGUAGUGUAGUAGUGUAUAGUGUAGUGUAGUAGUGUAUAGUGUAGUGUAGUAGUGUAUAGUGUAGUAGUGUAUAGUGUAGUGUAACUCCCACAUCUCUCUCCCCUACCCAGCCCUGAACCUCACGAGUGCCUCGAGCUUCCAGAUGCUGCGAGGUGCCGUGGUGGUCUUUACCGGCCUGCUCUCGGUGGGCUUCCUGGGCCGCCGGCUCACCGCCUCCCACUGGUCCGGCAUUGGCCUCACGAUCGCGGGCCUCAUCAUUGUGGGCCUGGCCGACUUCCUCGGCGGCGGUGCCGGAGGUGCCGGAGGUGCCGGAGGUGCCGGAGGAGGUUCGGCCCCGCACCGCCUCAGCGAGAUCAUCACCGGGGACUUGCUGAUCGUCUUGGCUCAGAUUGUGGCUGCCGUGCAGAUGGUGGUGGAGGAGAAAUUAAUUCACAAAGACGACAUUCACCCUCUACAAGCUGUGGGAAAUGAAGGCCUGUUUGGCUUCACCAUCCUCUCCCUGCUGCUGGUCCCGGCCUACUUCAUCCCCGCCGGGGGAUUCUCGACCAACCCCCGUGGCGUCCUGGAGGACGCCCUCGAUGCCUUCUGCCAGAUGGGCUCCAGUGCAUCGGUGGCUGGCGCCGUGGCCCUCAAUGUGCUCAGCAUCGCCGCCUUCAACUUCGCCGGCGUCAGCGUCACCAAGGAGAUGAGCGCCACCACUCGGAUGGUGAUCGACAGUCUCAGGACGGUGGUGAUUUGGGCUGUGAGCCUCCUCCUGAGAUGGGAGAGCUUCAAAUAUCUCCAGGUGAUUGGCUUCGUUGUCUUACUGAGUGGAGCGGUCAUCUACAACGGACUUUUGUCCCCCAUUGUGGAGCGGUGCCGUAGACACGGACAGACUGUGGACGAGACAACCUCCCUCAUCAGAGACGAGUCUUAGUGUCUAUGUGUGUGUGUCUGUGUCUACCUGUGUGUCUGUGUGUGUGUGUCUGUGUCUAUGUGUGUGUGUGUGUCUGUGUGUCUCUGUCUGUGUGUGUGUCUGUGUGUGUGUGUCUGUGUCUA